AUUGGCAUAGACCGCUUACCAGUGCGGCGGUCCAGCAAUGAACCGAAGGAAGCCAUGAACUGCAAAAGUUGUCGCAAGAGAAAGGUUCGACGAAGAUCAAGUGUAACCGGCUGCGACCGUCUUGCGAAGCCUGCCAAGUCUUCAACUGCGAGUGCAUUUAUGAAAAGAGGUCCUAAAACCGACGUACUCGAAGCCUUGUUGAAACGCGUGAAUGGGCUGGAAAAGAGGUUGAAAGACGAAGGAAAAGAUCCGGAUGAAGACACAUCAGAAGUGGUAGUUGCAGAGAGCGUGAGGGAUGCAGUGGAGAAGAAGUCGUCGUCCAAGAAAGCUCCUUCUCCACCAGAUGCUGCCGUUCCUGCAGCGGUCGAAGCACAACAAAAACAGCAAAUACAGCAGCAACGACCGCAACCCCCACAGCGUCAUCCGAGCAUCGGCUUUCCGGACCAGCNNUUCUGCGCCUGUAACAGCCAACAAGUGCCAUCCGCUCUCCAGAACAACACUCUGCUUGAUGCAUAUUUUACACGAAUACACAGCAAGCCAUAUUAUAUUCUUGAUGAAGCUGCUACUCGCCAGAGAUGGCAAACCGGACAACUGCCUCCGAGCGUCAUCAAUGCCAUUCAUGCCGUUACUGCCCGAUUUGCACCUCAACAUCUUGGUGGCCACAAUGCUGCAGUCCGUCACAGCGAAGAAUGUGCAGUGCGAGCACGAAAUUUGAUGGACAUUGAUGACCCGACCAUUGAGAACGUCCAAGUCCUUUUGCUGCUCUCGAACGCUUUCUUUCAAGCAGGCAAGGGCAAAAAGUCAUACAUGCUUCUUAGUCAGUAUCACUGUGCAUAUGUCGAGUCAAGACUUGCUGACCCUUAG